AUGCAAGUCAUUGGCCAGACCGUUGAAGCAGGGGAUGAGGCCGGGCUCGUCAGCUGUUUGAAUCUUGAGACUCUGCUUAUCCUUAAAAUUACUAUUCUCGCGAAGUUCAUCCCUUGGCUGGCAGAAUUCCUUCUUCGAUGCGGCGGCAACCGCGCCUUCGACGGCGACCUCCGCGUCCUUGCCCUCAACGCCCUCAACUGGACUGUGCAAUACAAACAGUCGAAAGUUCAAAGCCACAACCUCGCCCCUGCCAUUCUUGAGGGUCUCAUGCCCAUCGCUUCAGAAGAGGAGCCAGAGGCCAUCAAUGAUGACGCGCGGUCUCGGUCUGCGCUCAGUCUGCGCUCCGUAUCAUCGAUGGACCUGCGACAUCGCUUCCACCGCCCAAGUCUUCCCUGCGCUCUGAAUGCUCAUUCAGAAAGCUUUCUCUUCUGCGAUCCUACGCAUCGUCGUGCUGCUAUGCUCGCGUUGAAUGUUUCCGUGGAGGGCUGUAGCGAGUAUAUGGCUCCUCUCAUGUCCGAAGUUUGGCCAGUCAUCGAGGCUGUGUUUGGUGAUAGCAAUGCAAGAGUUCGCAGGGCUACAUGUGUCGCCGUUAGUUGCCUCUGUGAAUGGUUAGAGGAUGAGUGCGUUGCUGAGCAUACCGUUUUGGUUCCCGCCAUCACGAACCUCAUCAAUGACCCCGAGGCUCAACCAUCUGCGUGCACGGCCUUGGAUGCGCUGUUGGAGAUCCUUCACGAUUCCGUCAUUACUGGUGCCAUCGGCAGCGCCGUUCACGCGUCCAAAGAGCGGUUCCUCCUUUACUUUGAACCAAUCAUGUCCCGGCCUCAGCACUUCCUUGUGAUUACUGGUGAGGGCGAAGAGGUUGAGUUGCGCGGCAUUACGAUGGAUGCGACCAGCACCUUCGCCGAGGCCAUUUGCAAGGAUGUGUUCCGGCCAUUCUUCCCUGAAAUGAUGAAGCAGGCGUUCCAAGGGCGCUGA